CUGCUGCAGUGCCUGACCAGCUCCACGGCGGCGCUCAGCCUGGAGGUGCUGCGGCGGCGGGGCGCCCUGGACCUGCCGCCCUUCGGCUUCAGCCUGGCGCGCCUCUUCGCCGGGGUCACGGUGCUCUCCACCCUGCAGUCCAGCCUCACGCUCUGGUCCCUGCGCGGCCUCAGCCUGCCCAUGUACGUGGUCUUCAAGCGCUGCCUGCCCCUCGUCACCCUGCUCAUCGGCGCCCUGGUGCUCAAGAACGGCAUCCCCUCCGUCGGGGUCCUGGUGGCCGUCCUCAUCACCACCGUCGGGGCGGCUCUGGCAGGUGCAGGUGACCUGACUGGCGAUCCCAUUGGGUAUGUGACUGGAGUGCUGGCUGUGUUGGUGCAUGCUGCGUAUCUGGUACUCAUUCAAAAGGCAAGUACAGAUAGUGACUAUGGGCCCCUCACAGCCCAGUAUGCCAUUGCUGUGUCAGCCACACCUUUUCUUAUCAUCUUCUCUUUUGCCAGUCUGGAUGCUAUCAAUGUCUGGUCCUUCCCAGGAUGGAAAGAUCCUACCAUGGCAUGCAUCUUUAUUGCAUGUGUCUUUAUUGGCUGUGCCAUGAAUUUCACCACCCUUCAUUGUACCUACAUCAACUCAGCUGUAACCACUAGUUUUGUUGGAGUACUGAAGAGCAUCGCAACCAUCACAGUUGGUAUGGUGGCAUUCAGUGAUGUACAGCCCACAAAACUGUUUAUAGCAGGUGUAGUGGUAAAUACCAUGGGCUCCAUCAUUUAUUGUGUGGCUAAAUAUAUUGAAACCAGAAAACAGAGCAACUAUGAAGAUCUGGAGAAGGAAGCUAGGGAGCAGGAGCAGAAAGAAUGUGAUGGAGCUCAGCCACCAUUUGUAAUGGAGGAGAUGUCCAAGGAGACAGAGCCUGGAGAUACAACAGAGGAAUCAGCAAAUGAAAGCAGUCAGCCAAGCAUAAAGGAGAAGAAUGGCAUUAUGGGUGCAGCAAAUAUACCCACUGUCCCAGAAGGCACCAGCUCUGAAGGACUGGCCAAAAGCUCAUUAAAGGAUGCAUAUCUUGGAGUGUGGAGGUUGGUUAGGGGGGCUAAUUAUAUGAAGAAAGAUUACCUAAUAGAGAAUGAAGAGUUACCAAGUCCUUGA